CAACAACAACACCAUCCACAUCACCAUGUCCAACCCCUACGUCUCCUCGCGCCCCGACGAGAGCCACAUCCCGCCCAGGCAGACGCCCAAGGCGUCCGAGGCGAGCGAGUACCUGUGCGGUGACUGCGGCGCAAAGACGUCGAUCAAGAUGGGCGAGCUCAUCCGCUGCCGCGAGUGUGGACACCGUGUCAUGUACAAGCCGCGCACGCACAAGAUCGUCCAGUUUGAGGCGCGAUGAUUGCGCAGUUUGUGCGCAGAGGUGUGCAUCGAGACGCGUGACGGCUCAGAUGUGGCGACGGCCAUUAGCGCUGCAAUAGCAUUAGAGAGAGAGGGGGUUGACUGCAUGAAUGUAUCCUGUAUUUAUUGUG